AUGACAGGUAGUGACUUCACUUGGUUACAGUGCAUGCCCUGCAUAAGAUGUUUUGAUCAAGGUGAUCUGGACUACUUGCAUACUGAUUUUAACUGGGGUCUCCAUGCUGUGGACUGCAGAAGCAUACAGUGUAUACACAUUGUGAAUCCAUCAGUAACGGAAGUCUUUUGUGAGGCUGGUGAUUGUCAGUGUAAAUAUAUGAUAGAAUAUUCUGAUGAUUCUACUUCAGCUGGAGACGUGUUCCAAACUUUACUUAGACUUCAAACAUCAGCUGGUGACUAUGUGCUAUUUCCUUCAUUCAUAUUUGGAUGUAGUAGAGAAACGAGAGGUGAUUUUUCUGCAGUAUCUUCUGGCAUUGUUGGCCUUGGAAGAGCACCAGCAUCAAUGGUCUCACAACUCUAUAACUACAUUGAUGGAAAAUUUGCAUAUUGUUUAGUUCCACUGGGGCAAGAUGUAGUUAGUGAAAUGAGGUUUGGUCCAAUUGCUGUGGUUUCUGGGCCAGAUGUCAUUUAUACUCCAAUGAUAGCAACAUAUCCGACAAGUUAUAACUAUCAUAUUUUGAUGGAGGGAAUUACUGUGGGAGACGUAUAUGUACCUUAUUUAUCAGGUAAUACUAUAGCCAAUACGAUCAUCGAUUGUGGGACAACAGUGACUAGACUACCACCAAGACUUUACUCAUUUCUUGAAGAACAAGUUGCAAGACAAUUGGAUCGAUUAUACAGACGUGGCGAUGAAGCUAUCCUUGGGACCCUUCUUCAGGCAAACUUCAUGGUUUCAUAUGACCUUCAAAGGAGGCAAAUUGCCUUCAAGAAAAUGAAUUGCGCCAACUUGGACUAA